CUCAGUUUCCGCCUCCAUUUUGUCAGUGGUGUGUGUGUGUUUGUGUGUCUCUGCUAAAGCCAGUGAGGAGGAAUAACACACACACACACGCGCACACACACAAACUCUUCAGCGGGUUUAUUUUUACACAGAUCACCAGAAAUGGACGGCAUUGGUGACGUCGCAGUUGGUGUAAAGAGAGGAUCAGAUGAGCUGCUGUCCGGCAGCAUGUAUAACAGCCCCAGUUCUGGGCUGAGCAGUAUAAGCGAUACGACAUCCAACGGCAGUGAUAGCAAAAAACUUCGAGUUGAAGACAGAGUCGGCGAUGCCCCACCAUCCCGUGUUCUUCACAUUAGAAAGUUACCCAACGAUGUCUCGGAAACAGAGAUCAUUGCCCUGGGGCUUCCGUUCGGAAAGGUCACCAAUAUCCUCACACUGAAAGGCAAAAACCAGGCGUUUCUGGAGCUCAGCACAGAGGAAGCUGCCAUGACAAUGGUCAAUUAUUACUCGGCAGUGACGCCUCACGUCCGUAGUGUGCCGGUCUACAUACAGUACUCCAAUCACAAAGAGCUCAAGACCGACAAUUCGAACCAGUCAGGUGGGACUCUCACAUCAGGGUCCAACUCUAGUGAUGGUGGCGGUACGCCCUCCAGUCCAGUGCUGAGGAUAAUCAUUGAUAACAUGUUUUACCCCGUCACCCUGGACGUGCUGCAGCAGAUCUUCUCAAAGUUUGGCACCGUCAUGAAAAUCAUCACAUUCACCAAGAACAAUCAGUUUCAGGCCCUGUUGCAGUACAACGAUCCAACCAGUGCACAGCAAGCUAAAGUGGCUCUAGAUGGUCAGAACAUAUACAACGCCUGUUGUACCCUUCGCAUAGACUACUCAAAACUUGUCAACCUGAAUGUAAAAUACAAUAACGAUAAGAGCAGGGACUACACUAGGCCGGAGCUUCCUGCUGGAGAUGGGCAGCCUGCUCUGGACCCCUCUGUGGUUGCUGCCCUGGGUAAAGAUUCGAGUUCCCUGCUCGGUAAGAUCCCAGGUACUCUGAGCCCGUUGAGCGCGGCUGCUGCUGCCGCUGCUGCAGCAGGAAGAGUCGCUCUAUCCGGGCACUCGGGGGCCAGCGGAGUGCUGCUCGUUAGCAAUCUAAAUGAAGAGAUGGUUACGCCCCACAGUCUGUUUACCCUCUUCGGGGUUUAUGGGGAUGUGCAGCGUGUGAAGAUUCUUUUUAAUAAGAAAGACAGCGCACUGAUACAGAUGGCUGAUAUGAACCAGGCUCAGCUUGCGAUGAGCCAUCUAAACGGUCAGAAGAUGUAUUCAAAGAUCAUUCGCGUUACGAUGUCGAAGCACCAAACUGUUCAGUUACCGAGGGACGGUUUAGAUGACCAGGGUCUCACGAAAGACUUCACAAACUCACCACUGCAUCGUUUCAAAAAGCCCGGCUCCAAGAACUUCCAGAACAUUUUCCCUCCUUCUGCCACGCUGCAUCUGUCAAACAUCCCGCAAGACAUAACUGAAGAAGACCUCAGAGUCCUGUUCUCCAACUCCGGUGGCACUGUGAAAGCUUUCAAGUUUUUCCAAGAUCAUAAAAUGGCCCUAAUUCAGAUGACAACCAUCGAGGAAGCUAUUCAAUGCCUCAUCGACCUCCACAAUUACAACAUGGGUAAUAACCACCACCUGAAGGUCUCCUUUUCCAAAUCAACCAUCUAAAGCAACCCGAGAGGUCUUGCUCCCAACUGCUUUUCUAGCGUUACCUGUUGACUGUUUAAAUACACUGGGGACCACAAUUUUGAGAAUUUCUUUUCCCAAGUUUCAUUCCACAAGAAGAUGUUGAAAGAAGGAAAUAUUGUGACUGUUUUCAAGGACAUUUUUUUUACCCCAUUUCCCUCGUGUCAGCGCUCUGACACACAACCUCUUCAGUGGCGGAAAGGUGUUGUGGUGUAAAGUCUGAACCUCUUAUAAUAAACAGAAAAGAAUGUGCCUUACAAAACUUACAGAAAUCUUUUCAUACUUCAUAUUCUCAAACCCAGGCAGUCAUCUGAGGGUGAGAUUAAGUUUUGUUAAAACACAAAUAAUUUUUUUUCCCUUUAGUGUCUGAUCUGUAUAAUGUGUAAAAGCCUCUUAGACGUUUUCCUUUUUUAUUUUUUUGCGGUUUGUUUGUUCGGUUCUUAAUGUCUGUGACGUUUUGAUUUAAGAAUUGUAAAUAAAACUGUGAUUCUCUAGUGAUCGUCACUAUGAGAUGUUAGGCCUAUUCUUAGCCCACCAAUCCCGCAAAACCUUAUGUUGUGUGAAGGGAAACAAGAGAAUGAAACCUUUUUAUUUGCUCAUUUUACACCAUUUUUUCCUAGCUUUUGUUUCAUCUAUGUGCGUUGUCUUUAUUCUAAGUGGAAGGUUAUGACGACAUACUUCUCUCUGCAUGUACCAACUGGUGCAUCUUUAUUUCUAGUGUUGCAUGGAUUGGAAAUCACUUUGUGUGAUUUUUGAAAGACGACUACAGUAGAAGGGACCAAAGUUUAUGUGCCUAAAGUCUUAAUUUACUCCAAGAUUGAGCAUUUUAGUUCACUUUUCAGAAGAAAAGAGACUCAUGAACAGGCUUAUGAGAAGAGCUGAAAAAAUAAUGUUGAUUGGCAAUCCACACUACGAUUUAUUAGAGGGACAAAAGGAUUGUGUGUGUUUUUUUUUUUUUUAUAAAACCCUGUAGGAAUGUAUGAUUCGGCAUAAUUUUGGAUGUGGCACAAUUAAAAGACUUUUUCUAACAAAAGCA